UUUCCCAAAAAUUCUACGAACUCCGACCGACGAAAUACCACUGUCAAAGACAGCGUAAUUAGUCUGCAGUCGCGUCGAAACCAUCACACACACCUGCCAUUCAAUCUGCGGACCUUUCCCGUGAACAUACCAUUUAUCAAACCCUCGGUAACCAUCCACGCAUUACACAAUGUUUCGGUCUUGAAAAAAAAGCAAAACGGGCGACGUUGUUGCGCUUCGUAUCGAACGCGCGAAUGUGACCUGCGGAGUUUCAUUGAAGCAAAUAUGCGACCAUUUACCGAACAAUGCCUAACUAUGGCGUUUACUAUGGUCGAAGGCGUCCAAUAUCUUCACUCCUGCAAAAUCUUUUGGGGCGAUUUUUCCACCCUAAACACCCUUAUUUUUGACAAAAUGAACCUUAUGCUUUGCGACUUUGCGAGUGCUGCAUUUGAAGGCGUAUACCCAAAAUUUGGGCAAUAUACGUACGAAAUGCGUUAUUGGCUGGCUUUACCCCAGGAAAAUGUUGAGUAA